CACACUAAUGACAUUUUAAUAUACGUAUAUAUACAUAUGUUGACAGACCUUGAAUGAAUACAAAGAGUUACUUCUGAUGUUCAUUGAAGAAUCAGUAUUUUACAGGUUACUGAGGAGUGGUCAUGACCUGGUUAGGGAGCAUGAGAUUGAAGUAGUGAUAGAGAACAUGCCUGAUGAAUUGGUAGACAUCGAAAUUGAUGAAAUUUCCAAAGAUAUUAGGAAAUAUUUUGAUUCAGAUGCAUGGUCUCAAUUAAUUUACACAGUUACCACCAAGAAGCAGGAAUGGAAAUGCCACUUGUGUACUAAUAUCACUAGCAAAAUGAAUAUGGUUCAGUGCGAUGGACAGUGUUCCUUGUGGUUCCACUGGAACUGUGUGAAUAUCUUGGAAGAGCCAGAGAAUGAGUGGUUUUGUGAUAGCUGCAAAACUAAUACAAGCAAUUUUGAUACUGGGAUAUAAUAGUCUCGCAAGCCUGUAGUCAUAUAAACAAAAUGACCGUAGGUGUGGAGGGUCUGGCUUGCAAGACUAGGGACAUGAUGUAUUGUAUACAUACUUUAUGAUAUAAGAAAUAAUCAUUUAAUUACUAUGCUCUUAUUUGUAUAU